AUGUCUUCUGAAAAAAUCACUUUCUUAUUGAACUGGGAGGUCGCUCCAUACCACAUCCCAAUCUACUUAGCUUCUCAAAAAGGUUACUUUAAAGAACAAGGUAUCGAUGUUGCUAUCUUGGAACCAUCCAAUCCAUCUGAUGUCACCGAAUUGAUUGGUUCUGGUAAAGUUGAUAUGGGUUUGAAAGCUAUGGUCCAUACUUUAGCUGCAAAAGCUAGAGGUUACCCAGUUACUUCAAUUGCUUCUUUAUUGGAUGAACCAUUCACUGGUAUUUGUUACUUGGAAGGAUCUGGUAUUACUUCCGACUUCCAAUCUUUGAAAGGUAAACGUAUUGGUUACGUUGGUGAAUUCGGUAAGAUUCAAGUUGAUGAAUUGACCAAACAUUACGGUAUGACUCCAGAUGAUUAUACUGCUGUUAGAUGUGGUAUGAAUGUUGCCAAAUAUAUUUUGGAAGGUAAGAUCGACUGUGGUAUUGGUAUUGAAUGUAUCCAACAAGUUGAAUUGGAAGAAGCUUUGAAGAAACAAGGCAAGAACCCAGAUGGUGCUAAGAUGUUGAGAAUUGACAAAUUGGCUGAAUUGGGAUGUUGUUGUUUCUGUACUAUUUUGUACAUUGCUAACGAUAAAUUCAUUGCUGAAAACCCAGAAAAGAUCAAGAAGUUCUUGAAUGCUGUUAAGAAAGCAACUGAUUACAUGUUGGCCAAUCCAAAACAAGCUUGGGCUGAAUUUGGUGAAUUCAAACCAAACAUGCAAUCUGAAUUGAACACCAAGAAAUUCUCCAGAUGUUUUGCUUACUUCUCUGAUUCUUUGUACAAUGUUCACAGAGAUUGGAGAAAGGUUAACAACUAUGGUAAGAGAUUGGAAAUUUUGCCAGCUGAUUACGUUCCAAACUAUACCAACGAAUACUUAUCUUGGCCAGAACCAAAAGAAGUUUCUGAUCCAUUGAAGGCUCAAGAAUUGAUGGCUAAACACCAAGAAGAAUGUAAGACUUGUGGUGGUUACAAGAGAUUGGUCCUUACCGGUAUCUAA